CGGCCGGCGAUGUCGCUGCUGAACGCGAUGGGUCCGCGCACCUGGCGGCCCGCCGCCAGCCACUUCGUCAAGUACGCUGAUGUCCGCGGCAGAGACGAACGGCGACCCACCAUCGCCGACCUGGCCAGCCAGCGUCACAUCGCGCAGAAAAUCAACGGCUGGAAGAUUCACCACAUCUCCGGCCAAAUGGAAGAGCUGGCCGAGGUGGAGCGCACCGUCCACCGGCGCCUGAGCGAGAUGCUGCGCACCUCCGAGCGCAUGUCCUUCAGCCGGCGCGAAGACAAGGAGAUCACAAAGCUGAACGAGCUCAUCAAGGGAAACGUACAGCGCAGCAAGAUCCUGCGCGACCAGCUGAGCGAGGCCAAGGUGCAGAUCACAUCCGUGUUCGAGCACAAGCCGAGCAUUGAGCAGGCCAUCGAACGGUACGGGCGCAAGCGGCCCUCGCGCAAACGUGACCGACGCUGAGCCGGCCGGGUCUGCCGAACGGAUCUGGUGGGCGGAUCCGGUGGUGGGCCGAUGGUCGGAGAUACCAGGAACGGAGAGGCCUGCUGGCGCGGCGUCGGUCGCGCGGGCCGGCGUCUCUGGCCAGCUAGAGCUGGGGUCGGAGCCCCCGGCCGGCCCGCCGCUGAC